AUGAAACGAUCCACGCACCCAUUGUUUUACUGUACAGCAGCCAUCUUUUUGCUUUUGGCUUCUUCAGCACCUCAUGCAUCAGCCACGGUGGUUGUCUUGUCAACCAACCAAACAUUUGCCGACCGAGCAUCAGCAUUUGGACCUUCACUCGGUAUCCAUCAAGGCAAAUUGGGUUUUCUCGUCGAACCCCAAUGGGAUCCCACGGGCUGCCAAGUGGUGAAUGCACCGUGUGAAGAUUGGGUUGCUUUACUGCGGCGUGGCGGAUGUUCUUUUGCAACCAAAGUACGCAACAUGCAACAAAGCGGGGCCGUAGCAGUAGCUAUUGGUGAUCCCGAUACAUCAGGAUGGGUGACCAUGUAUGCACCAGGUGAUACCUCGGAUAUCUUUAUUCCAAGCAUGUUUCUGGCUCAGCAGGAAUACCAAGCCUUGCACAACCUCGCCACCUUAAGUGAUACACCGUUGAUGGUACUUUUGUUACAAAUGGAUGAUUGGAUGGCAUGGCCAAUGAUGCAUUUGGUGAUUCUGAUUUUCAUUUCACCCAGCAUUGUCAUGCUAUUUCUUUAUAUCUCGUACAAGAUACGACAACGGAAAAAGCUCAUGCAGGAUCUUGCACCUAUGCACGUGGUGGCCAAGUUACGGAUCAAACAAUUCCUCAAGGAAAAGAUGGGUGAGAACGAUGCUGAGGAAUGUGCCAUUUGCCUUGAAGAAUACACCGACGGUGAAGAACUUCGAGUGUUACCUUGUCAUCACAUGUUUCAUGCUUGUUGUGUUGAUGCUUGGCUCACUACUCAAAAGAAAUAUUGUCCCAUAUGCAAGCGAGAUAUUACAGCAUCCAUAUCACCAACGACAACAUCCAAAUCUUCCUCCUUGCAACAACACCAUAUCUUACCUUUGUUUCUAGAGUCAUUCACUAUUUCAUCCGUGGAGCGGCAAACGUCAUGA